AUGACUAAUCAUGUUUUAUCAAAAUCAAAGGGCACAUCCCGAUUUGUGGCACAAUAUAAAUUAGAAACAACUACGCUUGCUGUUAGUGUUGAUAGUACGAAAUAUGCUUUAAUAACAGAUAAUGAGUCCAAACAAUGUACAAAUCCUCACAUGAACUUCUGUCAAAUUAAGAGUCCAAUCUUUCCAAUCAACUUGAGCAAACUAUGUGUUAUGGCAUUAUUUUCUAAAAAUGAGAUAAAGGCUUCAAGUAGGUGCGAUGUUUCGGUAAAACCUAAUGAAAUUUUACCCACUAGUGUGUAUUUCACUAAUGGUUAUUGGGCUGUUGUUGUGCGUGAACGAACUCGAUUUUCAAUUGUUUGUCGGGAUACUCACCUCGAACAUUCCUCUAUUGUUGUCAAACCACCUGUUCAAAUUAUUCACCUAAAGCCGACAUGUAAGGCGGUUAACGACCAUGUAACCUUACCCUCUCAUAACACGAAUAAGAGUACUUAUUUUGAUAACACUUCCUUCAAACAUUUAUUGACAAAUUUUAAUGAAUCAAUUACCGAUAUUUGGAAACCAAUUACCGAUCACUUUGGCAAUUAUACACUUACUAAAUUACCACCCAAAUUAAAAGGGACUGAAACUAUCCCCAUCGAAAAAUUAGUAUCGGAAUUAGAUGACUUACACCCAAUCGAAAACCUUAAAAAACAAACAUGGCCAUUGUGGGUGUGGGUUACUCUGUGUGUCGUUAGUGCUGUUGGUAUACUCAUCCUUUAUAUAGUUGUCAAACUAUAUAUGAAACCUCUUAUGUUAAAAUUCAAAUCCCCAUGGAGACGCUCUGAUAGAAAAGGUGAAAACUCUGGUAAAGUCCCUACUGAUCAAAGUACGGAGGCAAUACCAAUGGUAACGAUGAACCAACCAAGCGCCCCAGAUGAUGAACGCUUAUAUCCUGAUAUACCUAGAGCCACUACAUUGCAUUCUCUCCUCAACCUUGCUCAACAACAGAGAGCCAUCCAGAAAGCAGAGACAAACAUUUAA